AUGAUAUAUGAAACCACUACAGUUACUGUGGGCGGUAAUAUAAGUCGGGACAACUUUACGCACUCGUUUUCUACUCAAACGCUUACUGCAAUUUUGCCCCAAUCUGCUGAUGUAAAGGUAGAACCUUUUGGUAUCUUUAUCGCCGUGAGCCAAAUCAAGGAUUUAGCAUAUAAAGAAUCUAAAGUAUCAUGGGUUUCAGAAAAUUUUGAAUUAUUUCCAACUGGUGCCACUGCCUACACAGAAGGUGAUCCUGGUGCUACAUCAUUUGCCGGAUAUCUUCCAGCUAAUGCCCACGUUUUUGUUGAUGAAGAUGGCCUCUACGUCGAUGCCACUAAAUUCAUGGCGAAAGAUACGAAGCAUAGUAGCGGGACUAACUCGUUGUUAAAUAUAUGGUUCAUUUUUUUAACUUUAACUGUUAUGUUGUUGAUUUCAACUAUAAUUUUGUAA